GGCUGCUAAGGUGUCUUUUGGGAUGACACAAAUGUUCUGGAAUUACUGUGGAUGGUUGCACAAUCUUGUGAAUAUACUAAAAACCACUGAAUUGAACAUUUUUAAAAGGAUGAGUUUUAUGGUAUGUGAAUUAUAGCUUGAUAAAAAAGACAGAAUGAAAUCAUUUCCAAAUAGUUAUAAACAUAUAGAGAGAGGCACAAGAGCUAGGGAGGAGGCCUCACAUUUACUGAUCACCUACUAUGUCCCAGACCCAGACAUUCAAAUAUUUUACGUUCAUUUUCUUAUUUAUGCCACACAACAACCUGGAGAAGUAUAUUUUCUUCAUGUCACAGAUUAAGAAAGUAACCCUUACAGAUACAGCUUAUCCAAGGAUGCACAACUAGUUAGUGCCACCAUCAGAAUUAUGGUUCAGGUCUGUCUGCCUUCAGAGUCCUUUCCACUUCCCAUUAGCUUCUUGUAUAAGGAGCUUUAUACUUGCUUGGUGUUCUCUCUCACUGUACCUUGCACAGUGGUGGACAUACUCAAGUAACACUGUUUGAGUGAUUACCAAUUGUCAUCUCUGCAGAUGACACCUGGAGAGCUAGCCCUUGCCAGCGGUAACCACACUCCAGUUACCCAUUUCAUUUUGCUGGGCUUCUCCAAUUAUCCAGACCUACAGGAGCUUCUCUUUGGAGUUUUCCUGCUCAUCUAUGCCAUGACAGUGGGCAACCUGGGAAUGAUGACCCUCAUCUUCACAGACUCCCGUCUCCAUAGCCCCAUGUAUUUCUUCCUCAGCGUCCUCCCUUUUCUUGAUAUUUGUUACUCCUCUGUGGUCACACCCAAGCUCUUGGUCAACUUUCUGGCAUCUGACAAGUCCAUCUCUUUUGAGGGCUGUGUAAUCCAGCUGACCUUCUUUGUGGUACAUGUGACCGCUGAGAGCUUCCUUCUGGCCUCCAUGGCCUAUGACUGCUUCAUGGCCGUCUGCCAACCCCUCCAUUAUGGUUCAGUCAUGACCAAAGGGACCUGUCUCCAGCUGGUGGCUGCUUCCUAUGUAUUUGGUGGAGCCAACUCUGCUAUCCAGACUGGUAAUGUCUUUGCCCUGCCCUUCUGUGGGCCCAACCAGGUAACACACUACUUCUGUGACAUCCCACCCCUUCUGCACCUAGCUUGUGCCAACACAGGCACAGCAGGAGUCAUCCUCUAUAUCUUCUCUGCACUGGUUACCCUGCUGCCUGCCACAAUCAUCCUGACCUCCUACAGCUUGAUCUUGGCAGCUAUUGGGAGGAUGCACUCGGCAGCUGGGCGGGAGAAAGCCCUCUCCACAUGUGCCUCCCAUUUCCUGGCCAUUGCCAUUUUCUAUGGCACCGUGGUUUUCACCUACGUCCAGCCCCAUGGAUCCACUAAUGAUACCAAUGGCCAAGUAGUAUCUGUCUUCUACACCAUCAUAAUUCCCAUGCUAAACCCUUUCAUCUACAGCCUCCGCAACAAGGAGGUGAAAGAUGCCCUGCAGAGGAAGUUCCAGAUCAACAUCUUCCCCUGUUGA